AAAAUUUAUAAACUCCCACUUGCUUCCGACACCCUCUGCUUCCUUUCUCCCUCCUUUUUAACAUCAACUCAUAACAUAAAAGAAAAACAAAAAAGAAUGGUUCUUGUUACCAAGUGAAAAAAGUAAAGAAAUUUGGGAAAUUUUUUGGUGGGAAAAAAAAUCUCAAAAAUGGGACUUCAGAUUUGGGUAAUGGGUAUGUGUUUUUUGGUGUAUUUUUUGAGCUCAAGCUUAGUUUUUGUUAGUACAAGCCCAGUUUUAGGAAGAAAAAGAGAAAAAGGAAGAGUUUACAUUAAUGGCAGAGCUGCCAUUGGAGAAACUGAUGAAGAUUUCAUUUGUGCUACCUUAGAUUGGUGGCCUCCUGAGAAAUGUGAUUAUGGAACUUGUGCUUGGGGUCAUGCUUCUCUUCUUAAUCUGGAUCUCAACAAUCAGUUAUUUUUGAAAGCAAUAAAAGCCUUUUCGCCUUUGAAGAUUAGGCUGGGUGGUACAUUGCAAGAUAAAGUGGUAUAUGAAAGCGAAGAUUCUAAGCUACCAUGCAUCCCUUUCAGUAACAAAACCACAGAAAUGUUUGGUUUUACUCCUGGGUGUUUACCAAUGAAGCGUUGGGAUGAGCUAAAUGCAUUCUUCAACAAAGCUGGGGCAUUGGUUGUUUUUGGACUGAAUGCUCUUGCUGGAAGAAGCAUUCAGCCUGAUGGCUCAGCUACCGGUGCAUGGGAUCCUUCAAAUGCUGAAUCUCUAGUUCGGUAUACCGUGGAAAAAGGCUAUGAUAUUUAUGGCUGGGAGCUAGGAAAUGAGCUCAGUGGCAGUGGAGUAGGCACGCGAGUUUCAGCAGCUCAGUAUGCAUCUGAUCUCAUCUCUCUGAACAACCUGAUGCAAGAGAUUUACAAGGCUAACAACGCUAAACCUCUGGUUAUAGCACCUGGUGGUUUCUUCGAUCAAAACUGGUUUACAGAAUUUAUCAAUAAGACGCACAACAACCUUGACGUAAUGACACACCAUAUAUACAAUCUAGGGCCAGGAGUUGAUGAACACCUUAUAGAGAAGAUCCUCGAUCCAUCAUAUCUCGAGGGAGAGGCAGAUACAUUUAGAAGACUCCAGAACAUUCUUACGAGUUCUGGGACUUCUGCAGUUUCAUGGGUUGGUGAAGCAGGAGGUGCUUAUAACAGUGGUCGAAACCAUGUCACUAAUUCAUUUGUGUUUAGUUUCUGGUAUUUAGAUCAGCUUGGAAUGGCAGCAAAGUAUGAUACAAAAACAUAUUGUAGACAAACUUUGAUUGGAGGAAACUAUGGCUUGCUUAACACCACGACCUUUGUUCCUAAUCCAGACUACUACAGUGCCCUUCUAUGGCAUAAAUUGAUGGGAAGGAAUGUACUAUCAACAAGUUUCUCUGGGACGAAGAAAGUUCGAGCUUAUGCUCAUUGCUCAAAACUUUCACAAGGGAUAACAAUGUUAUUAAUCAACUUAGACGGAAACAGCACCGUUGAAGCAAAUGUUGCCUUUAACGGAACUUGGAGUCUUCUACACACGCGACACCAUAUUCAUAAGCAUAAAAAUAGGGCACGAGCAAUCAAGUGGCACCAAAAAAAAGCAGCAGAUGGAGGAGUAAGAGGUGAAUACCAUUUAACAGCCAAAAAUGGUGACUUACAAAGCCAAAUAAUGCUGCUCAAUGGAGAAGCUUUAAGUGUAAAUUCAUCUGGAGAAAUUCCUGACUUGACUCCUUUACAUGUUAACUCAUCUGAGCCAAUAGUUUUAGGACCGUUUUCAAUUGUAUUUGUUCACAUGCCUUACAUUCUUCUUCCUGCUUGCAAAUAAUUAGGUGAAAUCUGAAAGAUUUCAUCUUAUAUUUGUUUUACUGUAAGGAAGUUCUAAUGGAGUAAUGGUAAUAAAAUUUAGAUUUAGAGGGUGGAACCAGAAUGGUUUCCAUCUGCACUA